AUGUUGGAUAAAUUAAAAUUUUAUUGGUCUAAAACCAAUCGUUGGCAUCGAGUGAUCUUCUUGUUCCUGGUGAUAGAGCUGAAACUAGUUCCUGGAGGAAAAGUGGGCUUCCAAUGCAAUGACCCAGCCCUUUCCCAUCCAUUUACUGGUGACACUAUAAGUUGGAAAUGGUUGCUGGGAGUUACAGUUCUGUUGCCAUUAGCUGUUAUGUUGUUUGUAGAGAGACAGUGUGCCAAUAAGAAUGCUGAAACUGGGAAGCGUAUGGCAUUACGUUGGUACAAAGAGUACAUAUAUGGCGUUUUGUUGAACCUUACAGUCAUACAGACUUUAAAACUAGUUGUGGGAUCUCCAAGGCCACAUUUCUUUGACACCUGUCAACCUAAAGAGGCAUUGACUUGUGUUGGGAACGAGUAUGUGUCCAGCUAUACUUGCACGAAAGCGUAUUGGCUCAGCCAGUCGGACAAGAGCUUUCCAUCAGGCCACACGUCACUUGCUCUACAUACCGGGUUGUUUAUAGUUUAUUACCUUCAUCGCAGAGCUAGCGAUGUUCCGAGAUCUAACGCAGUGCUAGUAGCCCAGCUGGUCUGCAUACUGACUGCGUUAUACUGUAGUGUUUCGCGUAUCUGGGACCACCGCCAUCACUGGUGGGAUGUGUUGGCCGGAGCUAUUAUCGCCGCACCGAUAUUGUUUUAUACUGUAAGUAUUGAAUAG